AAAAUUGGCACAACUUUUCACUAUAGAAAUCAUAGUCUAGUUUUACUAUGAUUAUGACUAUAUAUAUGGGUAAAUCGAUGCUCAUUCUCUUUCUUCUAAAAAUACAAUUUUAAUUACGUGAGGCUCUCUCUAUCUUUAAUAUUAAAUCUAUGUUUAUAGCACACAUGUCAAAAUAUUAUAUUAGAAGCUGUCAUAAAUUCUCUAUAGAUAUUCACUCAUCAUUUCAAUAUAUUGUCAUCCUUAAGAUCAAUAUACUAGUUUGCAAUUGGUUAAAAUAUUAUGUGUAUUGCUUUGACGAAAUGUUGAAAAAUCUCGACAACUUAGAAAUUAACAAAAUGUGAAUAGUGUUUCAAAAUGUUUACUCAAGUUUCAAAAAAUUAAAUAUAUUAAUCGAUAACCCUUAUAAGGUGAAUACGUGUUAAUUCAUUUUGAAUAGAUUCCUAAAUAAGGCAAUUAAAAAAGUCUCAUUAAAUCCAUCUGAAUGCUUAAUUCUGAAAUUGAUACUAUGUCUGGAAAAACAACUAUCAAGGGUAAUCCUUCUCAAUACGUUAAGCUCAACGUAGGGGGUUGUCUCCAUUACACUACUAUCGGUACUUUAACAAAACACGAUACAAUGCUUAGGGCAAUGUUCAGUGGUCGAAUGGAGGUAUUAUCUGAUUCUGAUGGUUGGAUUCUCAUUGAUCGAUGUGGUAAACAUUUUGGUACUAUCCUAAACUUUUUGAGAGAUGGAAGUGUUACCCUUCCAGAAUCAACAAAAGAUAUAGUAGAGCUCCUAGCCGAAGCCAAGUAUUAUUGUAUAGCUGAACUAGCUGAAUCUUGCAACAAAGCAUUAGCUAAAAAAGAGAGAGGAGAACUAGAACCUACAUGUAGAGUACCUUUAAUUACGUCUCAAAAGGAAGAAGAAAGUUUAAUAAGUUCCACUACAAAACCGGCUAUUAAAUUAUUAAUAAACAGACAUAACAAUAAAUAUUCUUAUACCACUGCUUCUGAUGAUAAUUUAUUAAAAAAUAUUGAACUAUUUGAUAAACUUAGUUUGUGGUACAGUAAUAGGGUUCUAUUCUUGAAAGAUGUUAUCAGUACAAGUGAAAUUUGUUGUUGGGUGUUUUAUGGACAUGGAAAAAAGGUAUCCGAAGUAUGCUGUACUUCAAUUGUAUAUGCAACAGAUAAAAAACAUACAAAAGUUGAAUGCCCAGAAGCAAGAAUAUAUGAAGAAACUCUAAAUAUUCUAUUGUACGAAAAUAGAAAUGCUCCUGAUCAAGAAUUAAUGCAAGCUACAUCAACUAGAGGAGCAGUUAGUGGAAUGUCUUCUUAUACUAGUGAUGAGGAGGAAGAUAGACCAGUUCGUCCUUGAGUUUUCAUUGGACAGUGGCGGAUAUUAAAUAAUUUAUUGCUUUAUUUAAUAUUAACGCAACGUUUUCCAUGAAAUAUGUUUUACUAUUUUAUUUAAUAUCUUUAAUUUCCAUAAUUGGAAAAACAAUAUAUUCUAAACAAAUUGUUAGAUUUAAAACUAACAAUUCAUGGUUUAUAAAAUGUAUUCCGCUUACUGGAAAAAUAAAUUCCUGAAUAGAAUCACUCUGGAUAUUUAAAAAAAAAAUUAUUUGUUAUACGUUUAUCUUGCUAAUUUGUUUAUUAUUAAUCACUAAUUAAUUAGCAGUUCCUUGUGGAUAUAUAUCUCAGUGUAAUAUUGAGAAUUAUGAUUCAUAACCUUUUGAAAGUAAUAAAAGAGAAAGUGUUUCACAGUGAAUCACUUUGUUAAUUUUUGUUGUCCGAAUCCAAAUGUUACCCUAAAAGUUCAGUUUUAUCAAAAAUUUUAGUUAAUUAUACAUUUAUCUUUGAAAUAAAAUAUCGAAAGUUGGCAGAAAAAUAAUGUUUUUUUUUGAAGAGCAUUUUUUAACUAAAAUGUUUUUUGUUUCACUUUGGAACACUAGUGUGGUACAGUGAAACAGCAUAAACUAACAAUUUAAAAAAAGUAAGCUCUUUUGGCAAGUGUUUUCUGUUCUUUGUACAGUUCCAACUACAUUUGUUUCUCGUUCCAUUAAUUUUAAAUAUAAUUUUGGAGAUGAAUACCAAUUGUCCAUGUACAAUGUGUAGCCUUUUAUUCAAAAUGGGUUGUGCCAUUUAUAGGACUUAUAUGAGUUCCCGGUAUUUUAUUUGUGCCAACAUAGAUUUUAAAACAAACUUGAACUUCGUAAAAGAUUUAUCUAAUGAUACUGCGCUCUCUGAAGCAUAUAGAUUGUCGAAUGUAUUAUUUAGGUAAUCAACUAAACUUCUUCCUAAUUCUAUCAUUUUUAUCCAAGUUUUCGUUAUCUGUAAAGUGAAGGAAUCUUGUGAUAUCAAAAAAUCUAUUCCAUUGCAUAUUGGCCGCAACAAUUGAAGUAUUUAUAAUAGUUUUUUUUUAUCAAUAUAAUUUCCAUUCAGAUUUUUUUACUUGAGACAUAAGAAAACAUAAUGCAACAUAUCCUUUCAUUUUAUCCACUAGAACAGGAAACCGCUUUUGGGUUUCGUUUAUUUGCAAUUUUUAUACGGGUGAUGUCGAAUAUCUUGAUGGAUUAUCGUUCUCACCGAUUUGUCACUUAUUUGUAGGGGUGUGGCGUGACAUAUGGUCGAUGGACGUAGACUGCUUGUCGAACACGGUCGUUAUUUUCAGGGGUUUGAAUCAUUCUGGCACUACCACCUCUUUUUCUAGACGUCGAUCCAGUUUGCUCGAGGUUGUUUACCCAAAUUUUAAUCGCAUGGUCUAACGGAACAAGUUGGUUACGUGGUAUGUUAAAAUGCUGGCUAAAAUCCCGACACGUUUGCCAUUUUGAUAAUGCUCCAUUGUAGACUAAAUGGCAAGUCACUCGGGUCCCGACAGGCCUGUAACUGUCUUCCCUACCACUCCACCGCGCGCUGCAAGCCCCACACCGUUUCAUUGCCUAACCCUUUAAUUUUUGAAAUUGUUUUAUAUCGAUAAAAGCCGCGUGCGUAUUCGACGUAUUGGUAUUACUUCACUAUCACUUUCGAAUUCCUUGUCGUUUUCGUAAUUUUCAUUCUCUAAUUCACGGUAAUCGCGAUUAUAUAUAUUAUAUAACUUUAAUUCUACUUUAUUGCAACUAUCAUUCUCGCUUUCAUAAAAUCUUAAAUCAUCUUAAUCAUCUUAAAUAUUGUAUAUAAAAUAACAGGGAUAAAAUAAUUAUGAGACGAAUUUACCUUAUUUGCAACUGUAAGAUGUCAAAAAGAAACGACAGGCAAUUGUUUGUGGUCAACGCCAACUGGCUGUGGUACGCAAAAAUCAACUUCAUCUUCUCAAAUUCAAAUGAAUAAUCAGACUCGUCCACCGUAACUUAGGGUUAAUAAAAAUAAUGAUUAGAAACACAAAAAUAGUUUAUAAUCAGCUCAUCAUUUAUAAUUGUUAAAUACCUACAGUUUUCUAAUAAGUAAUGAUAUAAAUACUUGUAUCCAGGAAUUUAUUAAAAGUUUGAUGUUUUAUGUAGAAUAUUUCAAUGUUCUAAAUAUUAUUGUUUACAUUACUUUGUUUCUGUGAUUUAUUAUUGUAAUUUUAUGUUAUUUGUAUUAUAAAAAUUAGAAUAAGAUAUAAUUGUAACAGAAUUACAAAUAGAGAGAUUUUGUUGGAUUUAUAUUUGUUAACAAAUAAAUGAGUAACUGAUAACAUUUUCUUUCGCCCUUGCAUCUAAUAGUUAGUUUUGUAUCAAGACCCUGAAGUUAUACUUUUUGUCAGGAGAUGGAGAUAACUUAAACGCCUCGGAGUGACAAAAAGAUACUUUAAAGGUAUUUACUAUUGAAUCGAGCAGAAUAGGUUAUAAGUGACGCGUUUAGUUACAGACAAAAAACCUACCCUAAGAAGAAAUGCAAACUUAGUUGUUAUUCAGUGGAAACAACAUGGUGGAUUUUCGAUGCCAGUGCCCUCAAUUGUAGGUGGCAGAUCUA